UUUGAGUGCUGAUCUAGCGGGAUGGUCGCUCCUGCAUGAUCAUUACCCGUCCAUUGUUUCGUGCAUGGGCUCUGGCCUGCGGGAUGAGUGUUAAUGGCUCUUAGAGGCAGGGAAUGUGAAGUUGUUUGGGUCUGGAGGUGUCAAGGUUGUGCGGACGGGGCCUGCCAGAGCUUGUUACCGAGGCGGUAUUUAAUCAUACAACAUCUAGGUUUACUUGGCAGGUUUACUCCGGAUGAUGGCGCUCGAGUUUACUUGCUACUUGUUAUAGAAAGGGUGAUUGUGCUCACUUGUUUAUAUGGGAAAUGUUUCACAAUGAGUAAAGAUAAUAAACCAGAAAAGAGUUUUCCUGAAAGACUGAAACGAUGGUUUAAAAUUGAGCGAGGAAAUUUUCCUGGCUGCCGGUACAUAAGGCUAACGGAGGAGUUAAAAACUGAACUCGGUAAUGAAUCUCCUGUUGCUGUACGUCUCAAAGCCAUCAGAGAACUUAAUGAAGUGCUGAUUUCAAGGAAAUUGGAAGAAUAUGGGAUAGAGAAGCUAUGGUUCCUUAUUCAAGACUUACUGUCCCUGACCUGUCCAGCUGAGCAUCGCCACACGACACUACAAAUGCUCACCACCCUCACAGCUGGGCAUGAUCGUUUAGGACCAAUGCGACAUGUCUUCUUUAAUUACAUUUCAGACAAUUACCAGCGUGAAGAUACUAAACCUAUCUUUGACUUCUUUCGUGAGGUGAUAGCCGAGGGAAAGCAGCUAGAAUACAUUGAUGAGUAUGUUGGCCCGUUUCUGCUAGAGUGGCUUCCAGGACUUUUAGCAUCACCACAAGCUGCUGAUGCUCUCAAUCUCGUCAUUACACUAGUCAAGUUCAAUUCUGCCUACUUGGAUGAACCUGUUGUGACUGGCUAUGUCACGCAAGUUGUUCUUCAGCUUCACAAAGCUGGCAGUGAAUCCGAGGCAUUUUUGUGUCUACGUGUCCUUGAUGCUGUGCUUGCAUACAGCUACCUUCCGUCUUCUGCACUGCCUACUUUCAUUACUGCUCUUACAAGGGCUGUCAGUAUGCCUGAGCUCACCCUUGAAUCAUGGAAGAUCAUGCGCAACCUUCUCGGGACACAUCUUGGCAACAGUGGUCUGUGUGUGUUGUGCCAUUUGAUUCGGAAUAAUAGUGAUGCUCUCAUGGUGCGUGGAGCUAUCUUUUUUCUGACAACAGCAUUGUGGGGAGCCAAUAAGGUCUCUUCCCUUGACUACAAGCCAGCAGCAGUACUUCCAACGUUUCGAGAGGCUGCCAAUAAUGGUCAUGUGUUGGUGGUAUAUGAAGUAGCUCUAAGCAUUCAAAAACUUGUGUCCAAGAUGUAUAUGGAGCUUCAUCUUUCGUCAUGGGAAAUUGUUUUGGACACCCUGAGCAAACUUUUUGAGCAUACAGAUUUUCUACAGGAAUCAUCUGUUUUACGUCUUCUCGACCACCUUGCCCAAGGUGUCGAUCCACUCCGUCCCCAUUGGUUGGCCAACCUGAGCACACUUCUCAACCAGUUUUUCUGCCGCGAUCAUAGACCCAAUGUCAGAACUAAAGCACUUGCGAUACUUGCAGAUAUUUACAACAAUAAUAGACAUAUGCAUGGAGCAGAAAUGAUAAGAAAUGUAAUAUGUAUCCAGAUGGAAGGUAUUGAAGCGGAGCGAGAUGUUGGAGUACGGACAGCUGCUGUUAAUUUGCUUGUUCAUAUUGCCUUAACCCAGAGAUCUUAUGUUGUGCCAGAUAUACUUAACUUGCUGGAGAAGAUUGUGUUUGCACCAUAUUUGAACAAGGGUGACUGUGUGAAAGUAGUUAAAGAAAGUGAAGCUGCAGAUAUCAUUGCUGCUGUUGCUGGUUUGAUACGUAUCUUCAAGAAAAAGCUGUGGCAGUUGCCUUCAUCCUAUGCUAUUCAAACAUAUGGCAUUUUGCUUGCAUGUUUGGAGCAACAUUAUCGUUAUCAAAGUGUUCUUCAAGGCGUGUCUAGAGUUAGACUUAAGAUCUUUGAAAUGAUAUUUGAAAUGCGAGCCAAUGCCAGAUACCAGUUAGGGUUUCCCCGGAUCUCUGGUAAAGGUGCAGAAGAGGAGGACAGAGAUUCGAUUGCAUCACUGAUUCCACCCUACUCACCAUACAUAGUUGUAGACCAUAAGCAUGGUCAGCGACUUGACGAGGCUCAGAGGGAGAGGGAGUACAAAGGAGGCCAGAAUGAUGCAACUAAAGAACAUGGUGAUGUGUUUGGGAAGAACAGUUCAGCACUGCCAACAGUGUUGCCAUUGGAUUCCGAAGCUGAGGUUACUCAUCUAUCGUUAACUCAAGCUGCAAUGACUGUUAUUGUUGCUAUGAAAAAAGAAAAAGACUGGGAAGUUCUUCGCAUGAUUCUGGAACGAGUUCCUCAAGUGCUUUUGAAUAAAGCACUCAUUCUGUCACGAGAUGGGAACGACAUUGACUACUUUGCAGCUGCUCUCUGUUCUUUAGUUACAGAUAAGACUCUGGGACUUCCUGAAACCCUACACAACACACCAACCAAAUUCACUCGGUCAGACUUUCAGAGCUAUGUGUUCCCAGUCUUAGCAACUUUAGCAUCAUACCACAUGCACUUGGAUUCAGUCAUCCAACAAAAGGUAAUUAAGUGUUUAGAAUUAGGUGUCCUAAGUCGCUGUGCAGGGCCACUCUGUGUAAGUGCUCUCACUUUGUGUGUGCUGGAGAUGAGAGACUCGAUGAUCAAACUACUGCGAGAGGUCAUGCUAAACCUUUCUAAGAUCACAGCUACUGUUCAGAAUGCACAACCAAUCUUGGAGUUUCUGUCAACUCUUCUCCAUUUGCCAAAAGUGUAUGCAAGCUUCGUGUCCGACCAGUAUAUGUCAAUAUUUGCUAUUGCCAUACCAUACACAAAUCCUUUCAAGUUCAACCACUACAUUGUCUCUCUGGCCUACCAUGUUAUUUCUAUGUGGUUCCUCAAGUGCCGAUUGCCAUUCAGACAGGCAUUUGUGCCUUUCAUAGCUAAGAAUCUAAACAUGGUUGUGACAACUGAAGAAGCAGCAGCUAGAAGAAGAAGUGCCAGUGCUAGUGACCAGGGACGAGGAGGAAAAGGUGAUGUAGACAUGAUGAUGUUUCACAAUGAUUUGCGUGAGACUUGUCUUGACCUGAUGUCUCGGUACACAUAUUCUGACUUUGCUCCUCCUACUAAAAGGAGUGCUGUAUCCAAGAUGUUUGUAGAAGAAGGCCAAGACCAAACCUGGGUCUUGGGCAGCAAGAUAGUAACCAUAACAACAUCCGGAUGUUCUAAACGACCUCUGAGAAAUGGUCUAUGCGCCAAAUGCAUUGAAAUCUGCAAUAUAGAAAAGGGUGUCACUGUUCCUGAAGCAGUCAUUCCUGGUGGCUUAAGUGUUCACCGCAGGCGUCACCGUUCGGAAUUACACAGGACUAUAUCACAUGAGGCCAAAUAUAUGCCUCAGAGUAAAGAUGACUUGCACAUGCGCUCUGCAAUGAGAGACAGUGGUGAUGGCUUGACACCAUUAAUUGACCAAGAUGAUGUUGGAUGGUCAGGCGAUGGAUUGGGUGAAUCAACCAAUGGGUACUCGUCUAUUGAUCGUCUGGGCUUUGGCUUGAAUGUUGGACCUGCUUCUGCUCCAAACAGUGAAGACGAAAAAAAAGUGCCUCAUUUAUGUGCAUGUUGGUGCUUUGGAUGGGCUGAAAUAUUUGUUAGGCAACCCACUGGAAACAUGUCCUGGAUGAUAAGGCUUCAGAAUCCACAAGUGUUAACUCCAGGGCUUCGUCAUCAUCUUCAAGACAUAUCUGAUCUCUUUACACCUACAACUUCAAAGGAGUCUAGUGAACUCUCUAGUUUACCGAUGGAGGAUGAACAAAAUGAGGAACUUUUAAACCAGCACUUUGAAGAUCCAAGACCACGAGCAUUUUCUGGUGCCUCAGACAAGACUCAUGACUCGGAUCUUGGGUCUCGGAGAGAUUCUAGCGGUUGUAGCAGUGGCGCACCUUCUCAUGCUUCAUCUGACCUUCUAAUAAAUGCUACUGAUACUGGAGAUGACACCAGGGGCAGUUCACCCCUCACUAACACUAGCACAUCUGGUGAGAAUCCUGAUGAUCCUCGUGUUCCUGUUCAGCGUUGCCAUUCUAGUCCGGAAAUGAGUGAGGGUGUAGUAGCUGGUGGUGGAGAAACUAGUCAGCAACCUCUUAAUGAAUCAGAGGGCAAAGUUCCUACGUCUCCAAGUACAUCACCAGGACCCACAGAAACUACACCAGUUGCAGCCGUAACUAGACAAGUGAAGCCUAAACCCAGGCUUGAAUCCAUGACAGGAGGAGGCAGUGUUGGCUCGAUUUCACCACCACCUGUUGCAUCUACUCGUGUGCGACACACCUCAGCCUUCCAAACAAAAAACAGUGGAAGUAAUAGCAGUAUUUCAUCAAGCAGUGGUCUCAUAGGCACCUCAAACACUGAGGAAGUUGAUGACAGCUCACCCCGACCUAUGCGAAGAGACAGAGGACAUACCAUCUCCGAUAUGAAUCCUGCUUCUCGUAAAUUGCAUGGAAGGGCAACAGGUGCAGCAAAGAAAAAGAAUUCUAAUAAAGACAUUAAGGGAGGCAUUUCUCCAGGCUUUGUGUUCCUUCAGCUUUACUAUGAAGGGACUCCUGAAUAUGGUAAAGAAUUACCACACUUACUUCCUACUCAUCAACCUGAAAUACAGCGAGCAAUGCGAGUACUUGACCUUAUGAGGCAUCAAGAAACUCACAAAAUAGGGGUAUUGUAUGUGGCUCAAAAUCAAACUUCAGAACAAGAAAUUUUAAGGAAUUCAUGUGGUUCACUGCGUUACAUGCAUUUCCUUCAGGGUUUAGGUACAGUCCUUGAGCUGAACUCUGUAUCACAAGAUGAAGUAUUCCUCGGUGGUCUUGACACCAAGGGCAACGAUGGCAAGCUAGUUUGUAUUUGGCAUGAUGAGGUUAUGCAGGUUGUUUUCCACGUAGCUACUAUGAUGCCAACAAAGGAAUCGGAUCCAAAUUGUAAUGGGAAGAAGCGUCAUAUUGGUAACAAUUAUGUGACAAUCGUUUAUAAUGAGAGUGGCAAGCCCUACAAUAUCAACACCAUUAAGGGUCAAUUCAAUCACACAGUUGUAGAAAUAGUUCCAGCAGACUAUGCAACUAACAGCGUUGGUGUUUUGGGCCGCCCAGAGUUGAUGGAAUUUGUAGGAGGAAGCAGUGAUUCUAGGCUAGUUUCAGAUACCAAUCUGCCAAUCUUAGUGCGACAGCUUGCUCUCCAUGCUGAUCUUGCAUCCACAAUCUGGGAGUCGCUGAAUCGUCCACCUUUCAACCCAUAUGCUAGCAAUUGGGUGGAAAGGAUGAGGAAAAUUAGAAAGAUCCGCCAAAUGGUUGUUGCAGAAAAUGAAGCGCAGCAAACCCAGCAUUUCAUGGAUUUCACUGACUUGACAGACCCAGACAAAGGGGAUAAGGGUAGGGGCGGUGGCUCUGGAUACUGGCAUCAGUUCCUAACUAAAAGUUGAAAAACAUUCUGUAGGAAGAUCUAUUACAGUACUCUUAUAUUGGCCAUAUUAACAGAGGUCUGCAUAAUACAGUGUAUGCAUGACAGAAAGGAGAUACUGGCAUUGAUGAUAAGCAUUGGGUCCUAAAUUAGAACCCAAAUGGCCAAUGAAUUGUUGCACAAAUCUGUUGAAGAUAUUCACUAAGAUUUUAUUUACUUACGAAAUAUGAUUUUGUAAUUUUGUAGCAUAAAAUUUCUAUCUAUCUCUUAAAUGGAGUGCGAAUUUUAAUAACAUUUUUAUGUCUGGAAGACAUAUUUUAUAAAUCAUUUGUUCUACUCUUUUUUUUUUUUUUUUUUUUAUAAAUAUUAUUGAAUAUUGCAUAUUUUCUAAAACAUUUCAUAUUCACUGUUUUGUCGCAUUAUUUUGUUCAUGUUUUGUACUGUGCAACUUGUCCACCACUUCAAAAUAGGUAUUUUGAACUGAAGUUACCACUAGAUAUUAAAAGUGUGAUUAUACAGUAUCUUAAUUUAAAUUUAUGCUAAACAUUUUCACCAAGUAAAUAUGUUAUCUAAA